GUCAAUAAACAAACACCUGUUUUGACAGUUGAAGUCUGUUGAUAACGUUUUUAUUUACAAUUGUUAAUAAAUAUAUAUAAUUAUGCAAUUAACAGACUAUGAAGUGUUGUGUAUAAUAGGCUCGGGCUCCUUUGGAGUAUGUUAUAAAGUAAAACAUAAGAAAAAUAAUAAAGUUUAUGUCUGGAAAGCAAUUGACUACGGUUGCAUGUCAGAGGACCAAAAGCAACUUUUAGUAUCCGAGGUAAAUUUAUUAAAAGAACUCAAACAUCCUAAUAUCGUGCAGUAUUAUGACAGGAUCAUUCAUGUGCAAACACAAAUUUUAUAUAUAAUAAUGGAAUUCUGCGAGCAGGGUGACUUGGCUAAGUUGAUCACAAAAUGUAAAGACACGAAUAGUUGUAUCGAGGAAAGGUUUGUAUGGAAAGUUUUGUACCAGACAGCUAGGGCUUUGCAGGCUUGUCACACCCAUAAAUCCCGCUUAACAAUUUUGCACCGGGAUAUAAAACCUGCUAACAUAUUUCUUGACAGUCGUGGUAAUGUUAAGCUAGGUGACUUCGGUUUAGCAAGAAUAAUGGAAAAGGAUAGUUUUAGUGAUACUGUGGUGGGUACUCCUAACUAUAUGAGUCCGGAGGUUAUUAAAGGUGCUAAAUAUAAUAAAAAAAGUGAUGUUUGGUCUUUGGGUUGUCUGGUGUACGAGUUAUGUGCUUUGCAACCACCGUUUUUCAGUGACACGUUUGUGAGUUUGUCUGAUAAUAUUAAGCAAGGACGUUUUAAAAAGAUACCUAAAGACUACACGGAUGAUUUACACAAUGUUAUAAAGUUGUUAUUGAAUACAGAUUGCACGUACAGGCCUUCUGUGGAAAUUAUUAUACACCAUCCCACUGUUUUAUCAAACUUGAGCACAGAAUUUACUUCUCCGAUUGUUAAAAAUGUUAAACGCACGAGUUUUUUGGAUAAAUUAAACAACUGUGACAAUGUUUACCAAAACGAUUUACACCAAAAACCUGUGUCGAAGUCUGAUUCCGAUCCAAAAACUUUAGCAAAGGCUUUGGAGACUUUUAAAAGUCCUCACGAUUUAACCGAAGACACUUUUAAACAAGUCUGGUUAACAAAAUUAGAACAAAUACGUCAACGAGAAGUUAAUUUGAAGCAAGCCGAAGCUAAACUUUUGGAAAAAGAGAAAUUAUUGGCAAAGCGUGAGCAACGUUUGGAACAAUUAAAUGUUUUAGCCAAAGAAAAGCUUGCUAAAGCCGAGGCUUUGAUUAAAACUUACAAAACAGGCAAGUGUUUACGUCCUAGACGAAGGGCACAAAAAAUCGAUUAUCUAGAUCUCGACAGCACCCUUUCGGCUGACACAGGGGACUGCGAGAGUAUAAUUGUGCCUGCUGUAAAAUUAGAACCGAUUAAAGAAACUAUUCUUAAGCCUGAUGUGCAAAUUUUAAACGAUAAACUUAACAAUAAACCGAAUAAAAAGAACUUGUUUUCGGUUUUUAAAUCAUCGAAGAACUCUGAUUGUAAAAAUAUUGUUCUCAAUAAACAACAAAAGUGUCCCGAAGACAAUAAAGAAAACUUUUUACCCUCGAGUGUGUGGAAUGCGGAUAACAAACGAGCAGCCUUCGAGCUUCUCGCUUUGCUGAAUUCCCAAAGUCAAGACGAUUUGGAUGUGAAUCGGAUGCAUACGAGUAAAAGUUCUAGGAAUGAUUGUCGAAGGAAGUCUAUGAUUGUUUUCAAGAAGAGUACUGUAUUGUAA